AUGCAUUUCUCUCCGCUUGUCACCGUGGCAUCUGCCCUUGCGCUGGCGCCUACCGUCGUUGUUGCUAAGACGGCCGCUGCUGCCUUUGUCUCAGUCGGCUCGGUAGACGAAUGCCCUAAGGGUGUGGCCCAGGAAGUGAGCGGCAUGGGACCCAAGGUUGUUACCACAACCCUCACUUGCGAAAAAGUCAAGAUCAGCCAUGACAUGUCCGUGUCCUUUUACGACUUCGACAUUCAGCCCAUCAACAAGGAGGCCGAUAAGUGCUGCGUCAAGGUCUACGACAACCCGGGUUGCCUGGGCUUCCCUGUUCUGGAACUUCCUGUCGAGGGUCCAUGGAAGGACCGGUGCAUCCCUGAAUACUUAUUCGAUGACGAAGUGAAGGAAAUCUCGUUCAAGCUCGACUGCGACAAACCUGGCAAGGAGGAGCCAUACGUCCCUAAGGAAGUCUCUGAACAAGUUUCCGAGUGGGAGGCAGAGCACACUCCUAAGCCGGAGGCUCAAAAAGCUCCCGAGAAGGCAGAGCACGCUCCUAAGCMGGAGGCUCAAAAAGCUCCCGAGAAGGCAGAGCACGCUCCUAAGCMGGAGGCUCAAAAAGCUCCCGAGAAGGCAGAGCACGCUCCUAAGCAGGAGGCUCAAAAAGCUCCCGAGAAGGCAGAGCACGCUCCUAAGCAGGAGGCUCAAAAAGCUCCCGAGAAGGCAGAGCACGCUCCUAAGCAGGAGGCUGAAGAAGCUUCUGAGGAGGAGCAAGCUCCUGAGGCGCCUGCGAGAAAGGCGGGAAACCCUGCUGACAGUCUUGGCCUCGGUGAAAUCACAAAAGCGCUCGGUUUUCGGUGA